GUAGUUUUACACCUUUCAUUGCUUGCGCACAAAGUUCGGCUGCAACAAUAACAUCAGUUGGAGAAGCAGAAGCGGAAGAAGAAAAUCUGGUAGAAAACAAACAUGGACGCACAGAAGACCAUAGCACACGAAAUCGGAGGGAUCCAAAAUGACGCUCUUCGAUUUGGACUCCAUGGCGUCAAGAGCGACAUCGUCGGAUCGCAUCCUCUGGAAUCCGCUUACCAAUCUGCAAGGAGCUCACAGGAGGAGAUGAAGAGGAAGAUCUUGAUAAACACCUACGGAAGUGCUUUCCCAUUGAAGUUGGAUCUUGACAAGCAAAUUCUUUCUCGAUUUCAGAGGCCUCCAGGAGCAAUUCCAUCUUCAAUGCUGGGUUUAGAGGCUCUUACAGGUAGCUUGGAUGACUUUGGCUUCGAGGAUUAUCUGAAUGACCCUCGUGACUCAGAGACUUUCCGACCUCUGGACAUGCAUCAUGGGAUGGAAGUUCGUCUUGGUGUUUCUAAGGGACCGGUCUGCCCAAGUUUCAUAUGAUUGAAAUCAACUGGCACUUGUUGCUGUGUUUCUUCCUGGAUUUUUAUUCUGUAAUUCCAGAUUAUAAAUAUUUUCUACUCGGUAGCUUCCAGCUAAUCGGACAUUACGACUGUUUUCUUUA